AUGGAGUUCAGCUUUAAGCUGGUGAGUUCUUUCUGGACUUACGGGUCGGCGAAGGCCUCCGGAGACUACCGCUUCGAGCUCACCUACGAACUGCCCAACCAGCUCCUCCGCCGCCGACGCAAGCGCAGUCUGGUGGACGAAAGAGUCUCUGUUUACGCUCUGCUCGGCGACUCGCUCUCCAAGGCAGGUUUGGAUGGCGAGGCAUGCAUGUUAAGGGCUGUGUGUGAAGUAGGUGAAUCCCCCUUGGAAGAAUAUGGAAUGUUUGGGGAAUUCCUUAACCUUAUAUUCACGCCAGGUUUCGGGGCGGAUGGCAACCACCACGACUUCAUCGAGGCGGAAGACUACGGCAGGAGCUACGGCAACUGCUGGUCUGCCUUUCCUGACUGCCCAAUGUCGAUGAGGGAAAUGCUUCACGAGUUCUUCUUAAAUAACGCAGAUAUCCCUACAAAGAAAAAAUAGUUUUACGGUUUCUUUGAUUCGUGUCACGCCGUUCCAUGUAUAUU